AUGCCAAGAAUUUCUAAAAAGCUCAGAAAAGAAGGUUCAUUAAAAAAGAAAUUUAAGUUUGGUCAUAUUGAUGACGAGGUUAUGAAAAGAUGGGAUAAUUCAAAGACAACAUUAGAAAAUUUUGCACUCAUGGGAUUACAAUAUAAUAAUAAAUUUAUUUCAGAGAAUCAAAGAGCAUUAGAUAAAUUAAAAAUGGAAGCUAAACCAAUUGAAUUAACAGUACCAGAACCAAUCAAAGCUAAAGAGAGAGGUGUCAAUUUCCAUCAACAACAUUAUAUCAGACCUUUAAUAAUUAAAUAUAAAGAAGAUUACGAAAAAAUGAAAAUGGAUCACAAAUUAAAUUUUUAUCAAAAAACUGCUACAGAAUUAGAAAAAUUAGCUAAAAAAUUCAUUGUAUUAUAUGGACAUCCAAUUUAUGGUGAUGUUUAUCAACAACAACAAGAAGAAGAACAAAAGAAAUUAAAAGAGGAAGAAGAAAAGAAAUUAAAAGAAGUAGAGGAAGAAAAAAGAAAACAAGAAUUAUUAAAUAAAAAACAACAACAAAAAUCACAACCACAAUCUAAAACAACCACUAAACAACCAACAGCAUCCAAAAAGCAAACUGAAGAGCCAAAAAAUACCAUUUCUAAAAAAGUUGUCAAAACACAAACAGUUUCAAAACCAAAAACUACUACAGUUGCUAAAAAAGUAGUUAAAUCAAAAUAA